AUGUCUGGUAGUACUGCAAACCGUAUCAAGGAAGGCGCACGAACCGCAGCUACCAAAGUCGAGAAUGCGACCACGGAGGCGGUGAACCAUCCCGUGCAAGCAAAGAAUGACUUCCUUCAUCUACCACUCACCCGAGCUGCCCUACCGUUCGUCAAUGGAGGUCUUGCAGGCAUGUUUGCAACCGGUUGCAUUCAGCCCAUAGACAUGGUCAAAGUGCGCCUACAACUGGCAGGAGAAGGCAUAAAGACGGGACCAAAGCCUUCAGCAAUUGGCAUCACAAAGGAUAUCAUUGCUCAAGGUAAAGUUCUAGACUUGUACACUGGUCUCUCGGCAGGUCUCUUGAGACAAGCUGUCUAUACCACCGCAAGAUUGGGCUUCUUUGACACCUUCCAAAAUAUGCUGCAGGCGAGAGCCGAGCAAAAUGGCACAAAAAUUGGUUUCUUGGAACGAGGGGCGGCUGGCCUCACAGCCGGUGGUCUUGCCGCAAUGGUGGGAAAUCCCGCUGAUCUCGCUCUAAUCCGCAUGCAAUCCGAUGGCCUCAAGCCAAAGGAAGCCAGAGCAAACUAUCGUUCCGUAUUUGACGCUCUCACGCGGAUUGCCAAGGCUGAAGGAAUAACUGCUCUUUGGGCAGGCGCAUAUCCCACCGUCAUCCGUGCCAUGGCGCUUAAUUUUGGUCAGCUCACAUUCUUUGCCGAGUCCAAGGCACAGUUGAAGGCUCGCGCACCUCAACUGUCAGAAAAUGCGAACAGGUUUGGCGCGUCUGCUAUUGCCGGUUUCUUUGCCUCGUUCUUUAGCUUGCCUUUUGAUUUCGUCAAGACCAGGUUACAGAAGCGACAGAGAGGUCCUGAUGGAAAACUCCCUUACGCUGGAUUCUUUGAUUGCGCCAAAAAGGUGGUUCGUGAUGAAGGUUGGUUGAGAUUCUAUCGUGGAUUCGGUACCUACUACGUCAGAAUUGCGCCUCAUGCUAUGAUCACCCUGAUCGUGGCCGAUUACCUCAAGCUGAUCACAGCUUAA